AUGUUCUCUCUGGGACUGACCAUCUGCGCCAUCUUCAACUCCGGCAAGUCUCUCAUCGAAGCCAACCACUCUAGCUCCGUCUACCAGAAGCAGCUGGAGGUGCCGGGAGGUCAUGGAAAGUCUCCAAGACUGAAGAAGAUCAGAAGAAGAGAGUUCCCAAGACUGGAAGUUCCCAAGACUGGAAGUCCCCAAGACUGGGAGUUCCCAAGACUGGAAGUUCCCAAGACUGGAAGUUCCCCAAGACUGGGAGUUCCCAAGACUGGAAGUUCCCAAGACCUGAAGUUCCCAAGACUGGAAGUUCCCCAAGACUGGAAGUUCCCAAGACUGGGAGUUCCCAAGACUGGAAGUUCCCAAGACUGGGAGUUCCCAAGACUGGAAGUUCCCAAGACUGGGAGUUCCCAAGACUGGGAGUUCCCAAGACUGGAAGUUCCCAAGACUGGGAGUUCCCAAGACUGGAAGUUCCCAAGACUGGAAGUUCCCAAGACUGGGAGUUCCCAAGACUGGGAGUUCCCAAGACUGGGAGUUCCCAAGACUGGGAGUUCCCAAGACUGGAAGUUCCCAAGACUGGGAGUUCCCAAGACUGGAAGUUCCCAAGACUGGGAGUUCCCAAGACUGGGAGUUCCCAAGACUGGGAGUUCCCAAGACUGGAAGUUCCCAAGACUGGAAGUUCCCAAGACUGGAAGUUCCCCAAGACUGGGAGUUCCCAAGACUGGAAGUUCCCAAGACUGGAAGUUCCCAAGACUGGGAGUUCCCAAGACUGGAAGUUCCCAAGACUGGAAGUUCCCCAAGACUGGAAGUUCCCAAGACUGGAAGUUCCCAAGACUGGGAGUUCCCAAGACUGGGAGUUCCCAAGACUGGAAGUUCCCAAGACUGGGAGUUCCCAAGACUGGGAGUUCCCAAGACUGGAAGUUCCCAAGACUGGGAGUUCCCAAGACUGGGAGUUCCCAAGACUGGAAGACACUCGUGCGCUCUACACCCCUGGGCUCUACACCCCUGGGCUCUACACCCCUGGGCUCUACACCCCCUGCCCUCUACACCCCUGUCCUCUACGCCACUGUCCUCUACACCACUGCCCUCUACGCCACUGUCCUCUACACCCCUGGGCUCUACACCCCUGCCCUCUACACCCCUGCCCUCUACACCCCUGUCCUCUACGCCACUGUCCUCUACACCACUGCCCUCUACGCCACUGUCCUCUACACCCCUGGGCUCUACACCCCUGCCCUCUACACCCCUGCCCUCUACACCCCUGGGCUCUACACCCCUGCCCUCUACACCCCUGCCCUCUACACCCCUGCCCUCUACACCCCUUCCCUCUACACCCCGGCCCUCUACACCCCUGGGCUCUACACCCCUGGGCUCUACACCCCUGCCCUCUACACCCCUUCCCUCUACACCCCGGCCCUCUACACCCCUGGGCUCUACACCCCUGCCCUCUACACCCCUGCCCUCUACACUGUCCUCUACACCCCGGCCCUCUACACCCCUGUCCUCUACACCCCUGCCCUCUACACCCCUGCCCUCUACACUGUCCUCUACACCCCUGCCCUCUACACCCCUGCCCUCUACACCCCUGCCCUCUACACCCCUGCCCUCUACACCCCUGCCCUCUACACCCCUGCCCUCUACACCCCUGCCCUCUACACCCCUGCCCUCUACACCCCUGGGCUCUACACCCCUGGGCUCUACACCCCUACCCUCUACACCCCUGGGCUCUACACCCCUACCCUCUACACCCCUGGGCUCUACACCCCUGCCCUCUACACCCCUGCCCUCUACACCCCUGGGCUCUACACCCCUACCCUCUACACCCCUGGGUUCUACACCCCUGCCCUCUACACCCCUGCCCUCUACACCCUGGGCUCUACACCCCUGCCCUCUACACCCCUGCCCUCUACACCCCUACCCUCUACACCCCUGGGCUCUACACCCCUGCCCUCUACACCCCUGCCCUCUACACCCCUGCCCUCUACACCCCUGGGCUCUACACCCCUACCCUCUACACCCCUGGGCUCUACACCCCUGCCCUCUACACUCCUGCCCUCUACACCCCUGGGCUCUACACCCCUACCCUCUACACCCCUGGGCUCUACACCCCUGCCCUCUACACCCCUGGGCUCUACACCCCUGGGCUCUACACCCCUACCCUCUACACCCCUGGGCUCUACACCCCUGCCCUCUACACCCCUGGGCUCUACACCCCUGAACAAGGAAGCCGUUGAGAGCCGCCCCGCCCUCAGGCAGGGAAGUCGAGCUUCUCCUCGAGCUCCUCCUCGAGUCUUACUCGAGCUCCUCCUCGAGUCUUACUCGAGCUCCUACUCGAGUCUUACUCGAGCUCCUCCUCAAGCUCCUCGAGCUCCUCCUCGAGCUCCUACUCGAGCUCCUCCUCGAGCUGCUACUCGAGCUCCUCCUCGAGCUCCUCCUCGAGCUCCUACUCGAGCUCCUCCUCGAGCUGCUACUCGAGCUCCUCCUCGAGCUCCUCCUCGAGCUCCUACUCGAGCUCCUCCUCGAGCUCCUACUCGAGCUCCUCUUCGACAGUGUGUUGCUAAAGUUUCUCCCCUUGACCUCGGCAGCGACCCUACGGUUCAAGCCCUUCAGUUCCUGGACGUCAUCAACAUGAAGGACCCGUCCCAGAAGACUCACUUCUACCGCACCACCCUUAUGGAGGUCCUCCCUCACAUCCCUAAGGCCCUGGAACAAGACCUGGAACAAGACCUGCAACAAGCCCUGGAACAAGACCUGGAACAUGACCUGGAACAAGACCUGCAACAAGCCCUGGAACAAGACCUGGAACAAGACCUGGAACAAGACCUGGAACAAGACCUGCAACAAGCCCUGGAACAAGCCCUGGAACAAGACCUGGAACAAGACCUGCAACAAGCCCUUGCUGGAAAUCUCCGAAGGAAUAUCUCCUGUCGCAUCUCGGCCUCCAGGUCGUAUCUCGGCCUCCAGGUCGUAUCUCGGCCUCCAGGUCGUAUCUCGGCCUCCAGGUCGUAUCUCGGCCUCCAGGUCGUAUCUCGGCCUACAGGUCGUAUCUCGGCCUCCAGGUCGUAUCUCGGCCUCCAGGUCGUAUCUCGGCCUCCAGGUCGUAUCUCGGCCUACAGGUCGUAUCUCGGCCUCCAGGUCGUAUCUGUUUUCAAGAAUAUUCCAGAACCAUGGAUUACAAUCCUCGAAACUCAGAUUUCGGACGUGGAAUUAACAUGA